AUGGAUCAAGGAGAAUAUUUAUAUUCGGGUCAUGCGUGGCUCAAAGAACACCUUAAUGGAGUGGAUGGCCCUCUGUGGAAAAAAGCUAGAAAACUGUUUCUGUUCAACAUGGAGUUGUCCUCAGCACUAAAUCUAUUCAAAUUUGAUUACAGAGCAAUUCAGAGAAUUUCUCGUCCAGAAGGUGUAAUUAUAAUUGGCUCAAAAAAGAUCGAUCUCGAUCCUGAUGAACCUCGAGAACAUCAACCAGGUCAUUCAUGGACAGAUGAUGCCCAACAGUCUAUCCGCACGCUCAUGGAUAGAAUUGUAACUCGAUGGAUACCAAAUUACAUUUUUCAUGAUAAGAUCAACAUGAAUAAACUUCAUCAGAGCUUAACACAUGAUCCUCUGCAAUUCGUCCGAAAGACUUAUGACGAAACUUCGGUUGAUGUCCUUUCCUAUAAUGUGAACGAAGCGUUUAAAUUGUAUCAAGCGUGUUUAGUCCCAUUACACUAUCAUGAGUUAUGGAGUGAGAUAGUGAAUGACUGUAAGAAUGUUGUGACAAAACUCGAAGAUCGUGAAACGGAGAUCGAUGCUACGUUAUUCUAUGAUCGCCCAACGCUCGAUGGACGAACCCAGGCCGCACUCAUAUUUGGAACAAACCGUGUCACUUUUGACGAUGGAUAUAGACCUUUGACAAGAAAACUCGGUCUUUUCGAUCUUGUCCUUAUCACAAUCAAUGGUAGAAGCUACUUCGGAAUAGUUGUUCACGUUGAACAAGUUAAAGUGAAAGACUACAACGGUCAUGACACUUCGUCGGACAUUUCAAAUAACAAUAAUCUUAAAUUUGAUUUGCAUACAACGAUUGGUAUUUAUGUUUCAGAAACAUGUUCAAAGUCUGUUGAAAAUUAUCGUGAACAGAAUAACAAUGAAAAAUUAAAAAUAAAGAAACUAAGUAAUAUAACAUCAUCGAGAAGAAUCAUAAGUGCCGUACACAGUCUAAAUGAGUGGCAGCAGUACCGAAGUUUGCUCAAACCGACGAUCGACGAUCCAUAUUUUCAAUAUCCUGAAGAAUAUGAUCCUGUCUAUACCACUCCGGAGAAUAACUUCAAUUUGGCACAAUCAAAAGCCAUUAACAUUGCGAAAUGUAUGCUGGGUGACAUUCAAGAAAGAAUGCAUUUGAUACAUGGUCCUCCUGGCACAGGUAAAAGUCGGACCAUCGCUGGUAUCGUGUUGAAAUUACUUGCAAAGUUAGAUAGUAAACACAAGAUUCUUUUAUGCGCACCAUCCAAUAACGCAUGUGAUGAAUUAUCACGUCGUGUUUUGGACGAAUUUACUAAUCAGGGAGUUUCUUACAAACGCGGUACAUUAGUUCGUAUCGGUUGUCAACCACCUGAUGAUUAUAGUCUAUGUGAUCAUUUUCUCGACUUUAUGGUUCUACAGGAUAUAGUCGAUUUUUUGAAAACGGAUCAAAAGUAUAGUCCCAAAAUUGCGCAUGAAACUGAGUCAAGGCUUAUACGGCAUGCAAAAAUAAUUGUUUCGACACUGAACUAUUGCGGUAGUGCUCGAAUGCAUCAAUUAAAAUCAUGCACUGAAUUUAUCAUCAUUGACGAAGCAUGUCAAAGUUCAGAAGCUGAUUCACUAUUGCCGUUUCGAUUCAGAUGCAAAAAGAUUGUGCUCGUUGGUGAUCCUCAACAACUGCCACCGUGCGUUCUUAGUGAUGCGGGCAAAGCCUAUGGCUUAUCUCAAUCAUUAUACAGUCGUCUGUAUUUUCAGUUCUACAACAGUUCCAACUGUCCAAUCACAAUGCUUGAUAUUCAAUAUCGAAUGCAUCCCGAUAUAUGUCAAUUCCCAAGUGAAUAUUUCUACUCAAACCGUUUAUUACCGGACUCUUCCGUUGAAGAGAAAAUGAAAGAUUUUCCUCUAAAACCCUUAUUUGCAUAUAAUAUAACGAAUUCAUCACAUCAAUACGACGGUGCGAAAUCAUCUUUCAAUGUAAACGAAGUUCAAUGUAUCCAAAACUUUUGUCAAAAUUUGAUCGCAUAUUUUGUUUCGCAAUCUACAUCUGAUUCAUCAAGUGACAUUACAGAUGAAGACGACGGUGAGUGUAGCGUCUUCUCGGAAUCUGAUUCAACAUUCAGUAGCAAUACAGACAAUGGUAGUCUACGAGACCAAGAAAUUCAACCACAAGCACUACAGCAUUUGCCUUAUAACGAUCCUCGAUCAAUUUUCGUUCAAAAAACAAUAGCUGUUAUCACACCAUACAAAGCGCAAGUUCGUCUUCUUGGACAACACCUUCCACCUUACAUCGAAGUCAUGACGGUCGAUAGUGCCCAAGGCAAAGAAAAAGAUAUCGUCAUACUUUCGUGUGUACGUAGUGGAGGAUCAAUCGGCUUUUUAGACGAUAUGAAUCGCGUCAAUGUUAUGUUAACACGGUCAAAGAAAGCCCUCUAUGUUUUUGGUAAUUUAAGCCAGUUAGCAAGUCAACAUGAGAGCUGGAAAGAAUUUCUUGCACAUGUUCAUCGACAACAAGUGAUUUCUGAUGCCAAUAAUUUGCAAGUUGAUUUACCAUGUCGUUAA